GAAUCCGGAUCAUGUCACGCGCGACUUCUGUCGGACCUGUUUGCCUCGAACCACAUCAACACACCAAUGGCAGACUCUGUUGUUCCAUCCCUCUCAACCGCCGGUAUUGGAUCUAGAUUCGUUACUUCAGAUGAUGUCGAGACGGCCAAGGCCCGUCGCGAAGAACAAUGGAAAGCGGCAUAUGCUCGUCUGGGAGUCGAGCCCCCUCCUCGUCAGCAAGAAGAUCCUUCCGACGGUCGGAGUCUCGCGGAAAUCGCCAAGCAAGAAGAAUGGGAAGAAAAGACCAAGCUCGCGAACCAAUUCCGUGCGCUAGAAGAGGAUGAAAUCAUGUUCUUGGACUCCAUUCGCGAAAAGGAGGAGGCCGAAGACCGGUUGCGCAAAGAGCAGGACGGAGAAGAGGUGCAGAACUUUAGGGAAGCGGUCGCUGCUAGAACUAGCACACUGACGAAUCCACCUCCCGUCAUCUCGAAGGAAUCCAAACCGCCCAUUACUCCCAAAGUUGCAGCUGCCCCAACGCGAAAGAAAGGCACACUGAAGGGCGUUGUUGUCAAGAAGAAAGCCAAGGCAUCUCCUGCGGAGACUCAAAAGCGCCCCAAUGACGACGACGAAGUCGCACCAGACUCGAAGCGUCGAAGAGUCUCCGGAAGUUGA